AAGCCCCGGUGAAGUGAGCAGGGCGUCUUCUGUAAGGAUUUCCAAUGCGGGUGUUCUAACAAAGCUGAUGGGAAAGGUGAAAAGAAGUCUUUCUUCAGAAUACCAGCUGUGAUUGAGACACAAGGGGAGCAAACCAAGGAGCUUUCUGCCAGGAGACAGAGAGAGUAUCUAGCUGCUUUAUGCAGAGCGGAUCUGAAUACUUCAAGUCUACAGCAGUACAGAAUAUGUUCAGACCAUUUUGUUACUGAUAUUUUAGGUGACUUGUAAAGAGAGAAAAAAAUCAAUGAAAAAAUGCCAUCACCUCAAGGAUUACAGCCGGUCCUGAAGAUGAAGGUGGACGAGCUCUUCCUGAAUUGGUUGAGUGAACCAAACAUCCAGGUGAUGCUAAAAGACUACCUCAGGAAGAUCAAGAAUGGAGAUGCGCUUGAGUUUGGAAAGGGCAGCGGUAAUUGUACUGAAAACAACAACAUUACCUCAAACUGUAAUGUGACUGAGAGGAAUUCUGCAUCUCUCAGCACUUCCUGUAGCCCCCCCUCUGCUACACUGCCAUCCAGAAGUGGCAGCAAUAACCGAGCAGGACCAAACAGCAGGGCGCUGAGACGCUCCGUCAGCAUUAAAAAGGCUCAGCUUAAGAAAGAGGAGGCCGUUUCACCAGCGUUAAGCGAAAGCAUUCCGAAGUUCUAUUUCCCUCGAGGGCGGCCCAAAGCCAAUAUCAACAUUGACAAUCUCGUAUCCAAGAUAGAGAAAAUAUUUUCUCAGUUUCCCAGUGAAAGGGUGACUAUUGAGGAUAUGGGAAAGGUUGCCAAGGCCUGUGAAUGCCCACUCUAUUGGAAGGCUCCAUUGUUCUUUGCUUCUGGGGGAGACAGGAGGGGAUAUGUGUCUGUUCACAAAUUUGUGGCAAUGUGGAGAAAAGUGCUGCAGACCUGUCAUGAUGAUGCAUCCAAAUUUCUCCACCUUCUGGCCAAGCCUGGCUGCCCUUAUUUGGAGCAAGAGGACUUUAUUCCAUUCCUGCAGGAUGUGGUGGAUUCACAUGCAGGCCUCGCUUUUCUGAAAGAGGCCUCAGAUUUUCACUCACGCUACAUUACCACAGUAAUUCAAAGGAUAUUUUAUAACGUCAACCGAUCAUGGACGGGAAAAAUAACAUGUUCAGAGCUACGGAGAAGCAGUUUUCUUCAGAAUGUGGCUUUACUGGAAGAGGAGGAGGAUGUGAACCAGCUGACUGAGUACUUUUCCUAUGAGCAUUUCUAUGUCAUCUACUGUAAAUUCUGGGAGCUGGACACUGACCACGAUCUGUACAUAGACCAGAGGGAUAUGGCACGGCACAAUGACCAAGCCAUCUCCCACAGAAUGAUUGAAAGAAUAUUCUCAGGAACUGUAACCAGGGACCGGAAGGUUCAUAAAGAAGGCCGGUUGAGUUAUGCUGACUUUGUGUGGUUUCUCAUCUCAGAGGAAGACAAGAAGACUGAAACCAGCAUAGAGUACUGGUUCCGGUGUAUGGACCUGGAUGGCGAUGGAGUUCUGUCCAUGUACGAGCUGCAGUACUUCUAUCAGGAGCAGUGUCAGAAGCUGGAGACCAUGGCCAUUGAACCGCUGCCAUUCGAGGACUGUCUCUGCCAAAUGCUGGAUCUGGUCAGGCCUGAGAUGCCAGGAAAGAUCACGCUCCGGGACUUGAAGAGAUGCAAGCUUGCUCAUGUGUUCUUUGACACUUUCUUCAAUAUUGAGAAAUAUCUGGAUCAUGAGCAGAGGGAUCCAUUCAUGGUGGCAAAGGAUGCUGAGAGUUUGGGACAGGAGAUUUCAGACUGGGAAAGAUAUGCUGCAGAGGAGUAUGAUAUUUUGGUGGCUGAGGAAGCUGCCAAUGAGUACAAUGAUGGCUACGAGAACCCCCUGGUGCCAAUUGACUGCAUCUCCAGUGAGUUUGAUCUAUGCAGUGAGAAGAGGCACUUGUUUGAGUUUGCUAACCCUCACUGUAACCUGGACCUGGAGGAGUACGAAUACGCAGACGAUUUUGAAUGACAGCCAGUUGCAGCAAUAUAAACAUUAAAAACUAUUCACAGACACACAACACCCAGCAGAGCACAGCGAAACAGGCCAUGUGCAACUAACACCAUGCCUGUAGCCAUUCCCUAUAAAACACAUCGAUGCAGCUACAUGCAUGAGCUUACAAGUUCAUGUCUGUACUCUGACUGGCCAAAGAGUGUGUCCCAGGUUCUAGUUUAGAAGCAAUACACCAAUAUCCUGGUGAAACACAUGAAGGGGAAGGCUUGUGCUCGCCCAGCACACCAGUAGUGUAGGAUCAGCUGUACAGAGCCUGGCAGCUCCUACUGAGCUCGGUGCCUGAUCAGCACUAGGCCUGUCAGGCUUGUCUGUCUGUACAGGAACCAAACGGCAGGUUACUGAAGAACACUUGAAAUGCUCCGUGUGCUCCAAGUGUAGAAUAUUCAACACACUUAAAUUGGCAAAUCUUACAUUCCACAAAUUAACUAAAGUCACUGCAGACUUGAGCUUGAUUUCAUGGAUGGUGUAUUUCUAAUAACGCUGUGUGUAGGUGUCUCUGAAAUGCCUCACACUCAGAGCCCCUUGCAGGGGAAAAACUGUCUUUACAAAUACUGUGCCUCCGGUCAGCAUCUACUUUGCUGUUUCACAGACAUGAACAUUUGUUUUAAAUUAUACAUUUAUUUAUAAAGAUUUCUACAUAUUUAUUUGCUGUGUUUUGUUCAAAGUGUUAGAUUCAUCCGAGUUCUAAAUAAAAUUUGUUUUUUUCUAUAAAAAGUACCUCGAACAAUGUACUUUAAGAAUGGAAAAAGUGAGCCAUUUUUGAGUUUAAUAAAGUAUUAUAACUUCA